AUCGGUGCUAUGGUUCGAUCUCCUCGUUCUGAUUCGCUGCCUCUCUCUCUCCCUCCCGCGCCCCCCUCCCUGGAUCCCUGCCCCGCCGCCGCCGUCGCCGCUCGCCCGCGCACCCGUCGCGCCUGCUCGUGGUGCAACCACGCCUCCGCCGUGGCGCUUGCCUCCCGUGCACACGGCAGGUGCUCCGCCUCUUCCUCCCAUCCGGCCAGAUCCACGGCGCACGGUCUCUCGCGCUCGCUCGCAACCCUCAGUCGUGGCUUGGGUUUCGGGCUGGGCAUCGCCUUCGUAGACGGCGCGGCUCCGGUGGACUCCGGCGGCUCCUCUCCGUCUCCUUCCUCGCCCCCACACGCGGCUCCACUUCCCGCUGGCCAUGCGGCUGGCCGGCAGCAGCGCCUCCCUCCCUCCCUCCCUGCCGCGGCUGGUCCCGCCGCACGGAGCAGCGCCGCCGACGGGUCCAUAGGCAGGUUGCAGGAAUAGCUUUAUAUUAGGAGCAGCUUCUCCACCACCACUCAGCGGCAGAGGAGGUGUGCUUCUUCCCCAACACAACAUAGCGGCAGCCACGGUAUCCUCGGCCCUCUCCCUCUAUCUACCCUCUUCUGUUCCUUACCGAAAAAUCAUUUUUUUACCUUGUAUAAUACUUGUGAUUUGGACCGAUUUGUGUUUUGGGGGGCAUCAAUUUGGUGCUUCCCCUGUCCAUGUGCUGCAGAGAAAAGGAGAAGAAGGGGAUGGAUGAGCAAGGAGCAGAAGUACCUGAAGAAGAAGGGCAAGGGAGGUGGGGUGAUAUGCAUGUCCAGGGAGGUCCGUCCCCCUCUCCUCCUCUUAUCUUUCCUUGUACUGCACCAGCCUUUAAUCACCAUAACCACAUUAAUGGCCAAGCACGAGGUCUCCGCCGGACGCCGCCCCCCCCCCCUCCCCCGCGUGCGUCCAGGUCAUUGUUGCUUUUGGUGUGUUCUGCGUUCAAAGGGAUCAAGAUGGUGCCUUUCUUUGGGUCUGCAUUUCGUCCACUACUUCUCCCACCCAGCAGGGUAUGGUGGACGACCAGUUCCGGCAGCUGCAGUCGCUGCAGGAGGAUGGCGGCAGCGCGUCGGGCUUCGUCGCCGAGGUCGCCACCCUCUUCAUCGACGACGCCCACCGGAUCAUCAACGACAUCGGCAGCCUGCUGGACGCCGGCAGAACCUAGCCACCACUCCCCGCCGCGCCCCUCGUUGGUUACUUGCCGUGCUCGAUUUUUCCUUCCACGGACGAUUCUGUCAUUCGCCUCUACUGCCGGUGGUCGUGCCAGUCAUGCUCCUACUGGUGCAUGGAGGGAACUCCUGUCCACCACGCCGGCGACAGGAACAUGGAAAACGCAGUCCACGGUGCCACCAAUGAACAAGGCCGAGACAAGCAUUGUAAGGAUCCCAGUUAGAAUGAUGCUUGAUCUGCUGUUAGAGCAUCUUGGGCUUCACAAGGCCAUCUGAGACUCGGGCUCAAUGAGAACACAAUGAGUGUCAUCGUUCUCUCUGACACUGCUGUUCAAGACGACCGGACCUGUCCACCGCGCAUGCCCAUUACUGGUGUUCAGUCCUCCAACGACAAUAUCUACCGUGUAUGAACAUUGCAUCCUUUAAUUUACCCUGUAUAUGAACAUUCCAUUCUUUAAAUGUGUUGUACUAUCGUUCUGGUGGCUAUGGAGAUGUGUUGUACUGUAGUUUUGGUAUCCAUUGAUGAUGUCUUGCUCCGAUUACACUUGAAUGUUUCCUUUUUUUAUCCUGAUUGAAUACAUAUGAUAAGCCUGGCUUUCUACUAA